AUGACGAUACGUUUGUGGCUAGUAAGUGUAUCAGCGGAGACGACAGACGGCGAACAAGGCGCCAAAUGUGAAUCUCGAGCACAACAACUGACACCGGUGCAACAAGGCUCAACGAGCAGCAGGCGGAGGCAAUUGAGACCACCUGGAGUACACCAAAGUGUAUAUUUUCGCAGCAAUGCUCAUUUUUCAAUAGUAAAACAAAUGCUUUCACAUUCUGCUAUCUGGUUUGGUAUCCCUUCGGUCUUGUGUAAUAUAAAUGGUGUAUGGGUGCUAUAUUUUGUGAUUACGUAA